UGUGCUUUGGGUGUGUUCUGGAUGACAUGUUUUCAGAUGCCUUUUUAGCCAUCUUGAAGUUUUAUCAUAAAAAAAAUGCAUCUGUAGACAAACUAAAUCCUACAGCAAUGUUGAUUCGACUUAUGAUUAAAAAGAACUUUUCUUCUUACUCAUUAAAAAGUAGUAUUUAAAAGUGAAGCUUGCAGUGAUUCUUUCACUCUAUUUAUCUUUCAUAUGUAUAUACGAUAACAUUUGAAGAGCUCAGUAUAUAACCAAAUCUAUCUUCUGAAUAUAUUAUGUCUUUGGAAUACAUUACUGACGAGUUUAGAAUUAAGAUAAAACAACUAGCAUACUGACCUUGAUUUCAAAUGGUUAACCAGCUGAUGUCAGUGGCACAUAAUGGAAAUUACGUCCAUCACAUGGAUUAGUUUAUGUUGAUUAACUCCCUAUCAUGAAAAUGAAACUGAAUUUGUAGUGCACGUUAUAAUAGAUUGAAUUUAGCUUAGACACAACCGUUGGAAAUCAAACUUCAAUAUGCAUCCAUGAUGAAAUUACAAUUUAUACUGUUUCUCUUGGAAGAAAUAUGCAAAUUAUGCAAACAAACUUAACGGUUCAUUUAAUUACAAGUCAUAUGAUUAGUUUGUUUUAUUGUAAUUGAUACAUUAUAUAUUGCUUUUAAUUUCCCCCCCCCACAUUGCAUUUAUCUUAGCACCAACUGAUGAUUUUGUAUUAAUGGUUCCGAAUCGUUCUGAUUGUCUUAAUCCGAAUGAAAUGGAUUCCGUUGAGCAUAAUAUUAAAUCUAGUUUACAUUUGAAAUUAUUCUACGACGAAAUUAAACAUCAAUUAAUUGUCACUAUUCUAGAGGCUCGAAAUCUACCUAAUACAAAUAAGGCUUCUAGAAUGCCAUGUAAUAUUUAUUGUCGUUUGUGCCUUCUUCCAGAACAAAUAGAGCACAAUUCUCGAUGCACAAAACUAGUCACUUGUAGCGGUAAUAAUACAAAUCCUGUAUGGAAUCAAGCUUUUCGAUUUACCAAUUUCACAGAUAAUGAUUUGAACAAAUUACAUUUAGAAAUUACAAUAUGGAAUUGUAAUGAAUAUUCCGAUGAACAAUAUAAAAUUGGCGAGAUUGUAAUUGAUCUCAGUGUAGCUGACUUAUUAGAUGUUGGAUAUUGGUAUCCAAUACGAUCAUUUCAUCGUUUCUUUUCUGCAACAGAAUUAUCAAAUAUGAAUCCUGAUGUCAACUCUGCCCCAUACGAUCUCCAGCCAUGUACUACUACACAAGUCCCAGAAAGACCAAUUAAAUCAAGACAUCGUGAAUCAGAACAACAAUGGUCACCGAAAUCUGAGUAUCGUCAUUCCGAUAUACCAGAUGAUAAUACUAGAAAAUUGAAAUCCAUACGAGAUAACUAUUCUGAUAUUGAUGAACAGAGAUUUUCUGCAUCUAUUAGACAGAAUAGGAAAUUUACUGAUCAUGAAUAUUAUAGAGAUGGAACUGAAGUGCAUCAUCGUGGUUCAAGGCUACAUCCUAGUGCUCAAAAUUUUGAAUACGGUGGUCUAGAGGAGAAUGCUAUUCAAUCAGAUGCUUCAGAAUUUUCUGAUCUUUCUGAAAUAUCUAGAAUGAGUUUACAUACAAGUCAAUCAGAUCGUCAACGUAUGGAAUCAAUACAAACAUCACGUAAUGGAAGUCAACAAUUUGAAACUCCUACACAAUCCUAUAAUGAAAGACAUUCUAGAAAUGUACAAAAACCAGAUAGAUUAGAUGAAAAUUUUCUACCGUCUGUUGAACAAUCAACAAGAGCUAGAAGAGAUUCAAAUAGGAUAGAAAAAGAUAUCAUUGUUCCUACUGAAGAUGAAGAACAACAUGAAUUAAUUGCAAAAGAUAAUAGAAAUUUUGAAAGUGGUUCUAGUCCAAGGAUAACAUCAGCUGAUGAUUAUGGAGGUGGUCAAGUUUCACGAUCUUUAAUAGAAAAUAAAGUAUCUAAUUUUGAAAUAGCUCAAAAUGUUCAUAGAGAUCAAGUGGAUGGAAGGAAAAGACGACCGAAUAUAGGCCAAAAGUUUUCUAAUGUCCUUGGCCGAUCCAAUAAGAGUAGCAGUACAUCAACUUUAGAUAAAAAAUCAAGAACGAGUUUCCAACGUAGUGAAGAAGUAUUACCAUUUGGAGGAUAUGGUGCUAUAUUUGAAGGUCAAGAACAAGAAGGAUCAUUUAGUCAUGGAAGAUUAUCAAUGAUGCAUUGUCAAUCAAGUAUAAGUAGUGGAAAAAGUGACGGUCGAAAUUCUAGAUAUGGUACAAAUUCAGAUACUACUGAUCAAGAAAGUGUUUAUAUGGGUCGUAAUGAAUCUCACGUUGGAGAAUUUGUUGAAGGUCUUGGUCCAGGACAAUUAGUUGGACGACAAGUACUUGGAAUGCCCUGUCUUGGAGAAAUACAAUUAAGCUUUUAUGAUCGAAAAGGUCAUUUAGAAGUUGAAGUAAUUCGUGCUAGAGGUUUACAACAAAAAAAUACAGCUAAGCCAUUACCAGCUCCAUAUGUUAAACUACAUUUAUUGGAAGGUAAACAAUCUGUAGAAAAAUUACGAACAAUGUAUCCUCCAAGACGUACAUUGGAUCCACUUUAUCAACAACAAUUAUGUUUCUCAGUUCCCUAUCAUGGAAAAAUUCUUCAAAUCAGUGUAUGGGGUGAAUAUGGACGUAUGGAUAAGAAAGUAUUUUUAGGAAUGUGUGAAAUUGUUCUUGAUGAUUUAGAUUUAAAAACAGUUGUAUUUGGUUGGUAUAAAUUAUUUGGAAUGAUUGCAUCGAAUGCACAACAUCAUCACCAUCAUCAUCAUAAUAAUCAUAAUCAAAAACAACAACAACAACAACAACAACAAGAAAGACGAAAAAGUUUAUCAUCUUCUUCUACACCAUUAGAUAAUGCACAGAAUAUAAAUAACAAUAAUAAUAAAUUAAUUGGAUCUAAACUUGACAAAUUAACUAAUCGUAGCAGUAGUAUUAGUAGUAGCAGUAAUCAUAAUAAUAAAAAUAAUGAACGUAAUAAUCGAACAAAAUCUAAAUCCUCACAAGAAAUCAAUAAAUCUAUACAACAAUCAGGAUUCAAUAAAACUAAUAAUGAUCGGAUACAAUCUAAUUUGAAUAUGAUUUCAUCGAAUUUAAUAAAACGAUAGUAAUUACAUCAAAUGCUCAUUUAUACAUAGAGAUAAAUGAAUAGAGAAUGUUCUUUUAUUAACUAACCCCCCCCCCCUCCAGAAAUAUAUAUAUAUAUAUAUAUAUAUAUAUAUACAUUAUAUCAUUCUUAAAACAUAUUUUUUCUAUGGUAACUAACAUGUUACAAAUUAUAUAUUUUUCAUCAAAAAGAAAAAACAAAACAAAAUGAACUAUCUCGCAUUAUUUUUUUAUAUGAAUUAUAUAAUCCUUGCCUCGUAAAGUACAAAUGGAUUGGUCUAAGAGGUCACCAAUUUACCUAUGGUAAUAGAGUAUAUACACACACAUAUAUACAUAUGUGUGUGUGUGUUUGUGAAUUAGAGAUAAAGCAGUAAUAUUGAUUACAUUUACUGAAUAAUAAUAUCUAUUACAUCUUUCUCUAUUUAACAAGUAGAUUAGAAGUACUAUUUUCUUCAAUUAUAAAUUUAUCUAUCUACCUAUCUAUCUUUCUUCCUUUCAUUAAUAGUUAUCUAUAAUCAUCUAAACUCUUGCAAACAUUUAAUAACUUAGAUUAUUAUUAUUAUUCUAUGUAAAUUUUAAAGUGAAUUAUUUCAUAGAUAUUGAAAAGAACUAUUCCAUGAACACAUAUCUUUGAACAAUUUUUCAUUACUAAAAAAAGAGAGAAAAUAUUCCAUAACGAUUUGUUAUGUAAUGAGUAUUAAUAGCCGAAUUCUUUACAUAAUAUUUAUUGAAUCAAUUUAUAAUCCUCUUAUCGAUCUAUCUAAUUAGUUAUUACCCCCUUUUUUUUUUCUUUAUAAAAAGAAAAUAUAUACAAAUAUAUCUUUCUUUUUAUUUUUCAUUCUUCAUCGAUAACUAUACUUAUUUAUACAGAUAUAAUAAUUUAUAGAUUCUGGGGCCAUUAAAUUAAUCAUCUUCUUUUUUCCCUCCCCCCCUCUCUCUUUGAUUUCCUUAAGAUUCCAUUAGAAUUAUUUGUAAUUAAUAAUACACUUUAUGUACUAUUAUUAUUGUUGCUAAGAUAUAUUUGUUAACAGAUCGUUUUAAAGUAAACUGAAAUCAUUCCAUAUAAAUGAAUAUCUUUUAUUAGUUCAACAGUGCCAAUAUAUCUUCAAGCAUAAUUCCACCCCACCCCCCUCUCUCUCUCUUUUUCUGCCUCUGUCUUUAUUCCCAAAUUUUAUCCUGUUCUACAAAAUCUUCUAUUCUUUAUGUUUUAGCAAAUUUUUCAUUUAAUUGUUCCUAAAGAAUAUUUAAAAAACAAAACAAAACUCCCAGUUGAUCUUUAUUUUCUGUUUAUGAUAAAAUUUAGAUUAGAUUUCCUCAAUAGUUUAAUUAAAAUAUAGUUUGUUUGUCUAUUGGAUUAUGUAAGAAAAAACAAUUGAAAGAAACAAUUUUUAAAAAAUAAAAAAACGACAUGGAAACUAAUCACCCUGAAUGUUUGUAAAGUCCUUUUUUUCAUUUAACGAUCACAGAAACAAAAAUAAUAAUUUCGAAGUUUAUUAUGAUCUGUUUUUUUUGCUUUUUAGUCAAACUGAUUCAUUUGUUAAAUGAAAAUGGUUUAAAAAGAGAUAAGAUACACAUGAAUAUAGUUUAGAUAGUCGAAAUGACAUCAUGAACUAAAGGGUGAAAAGUACUGUAUCGUACUCCGAUUCAGUGGUUUAUAAUUAUAAUGUAACUUUGUCGAGUGUGAG